AUGGCACCGCCGGCCGGCAAGUACAAGGAGUCUGCGACAGCGCGUCUGCUCGGUUCGGGCACAUCGGGCAUUGCUGAGCUGCUCGUGUUCCACCCCGUGGACACUGUGGCGAAGCGACUGAUGAGCAACAAGGACCGCACCGCGUCCAUGUCCGCCGUGCUGUUCAAGGACAAGGCGCACGCGCCGCUUACGACGCGCUUCCUGAGCCUGUUCCCUGGUCUGGGCUAUGCGGCUGGCUACAAGGUGCUGCAGCGUGUGUACAAGUUCGGCGGUCAGCCGUACUUCAACGACUACCUGAACAAGCACCACAAGCGGCAGUUUGAGAGUGUGUUUGGCGAGCGCACCGGCAAGAGCAUUAUGAGUGCGACGGCCGGCUCGCUGACCGGUAUCGGUGAGAUUGUGCUGCUGCCGCUCGACGUGCUGAAGAUCAAGCGCCAGACGAACCCCGAGGCGUUCCGCUCGCGCGGCUUUGUGCGCAUCCUCCUCGACGAGAAUGUGAACCUGUACCGCGGCUGGGGCUGGACGGCUGCGCGCAAUGCGCCAGGUUCGUUCGCGCUGUUCGGCGGCAGUGCAUUUACAAAGGAGUAUGUGUUUGGCCUCAAGAACUACUCGGAUGCGACGUGGGCCCAAAACUUCGUCGCAAGCAUUGCCGGCAGUGUCGCCAGCAUCACCGUGGCGGCGCCGCUCGACGUCGUCAAGACGCGCAUUCAGAACGCCAACUUCGAGUCCAAGGUCGGCGGUGUCGCGAUCAUCCGCGACAUGAUCAGGAACGAGGGCCUCACCGCCUUCUUCAAGGGCCUCACGCCCAAGGUCCUGGUCGUCGGCCCCAAGCUGGUCUUCUCGUUCACGCUCGCGCAGUCGCUCAUCCCCUGGUUCGGCAAGUUUGUAUAG